UGUGUCAUGCGCACUAGAGCCUGUUACAGCAGUAGUGCCCGUGAAGGUUAACAGUGAGGAAAACGUGGGAACUAUUUACUGAACUGUAGUCAUCAUUCAGUCCAUUAAGUUUUAUUAACCACUGCAGAGUGUUUCAGCAAACAGAAGUGUGGUGUAACACAUUGGUUUCAGACCCAGAUGUGCCCGUUUUCACCCCGACAACGAGAGAAGUUCAUAUCAUAUGAACGAGAUUACGGAAGUGGGUGGAACGUUAAUCUUUCAACCAUGGCCGGUCUGUCCAGCUAUGCAUUACGGAUGGCCAGACUGAGUGGCCAAAUCUUUGGAGAAGUCGUGCGUCCGACAGACUCUAAAUCUAUGAAGGUUGUCCGGCUGUUCCAGGAGCCUCCCUUGGCCAAAAAGAAAGAGGUUUAUGAUUGGUAUCCACAACAUAAGAUUUACUAUGCCAUGACCCAGAAGCUCAGGUUCAUGGGACUCUUCAGAGAUGAGCACGAAGACUUCAAAGAGGAGAUGCAUCGCCUCCGGAAACUAAGAGGAAAAGGAAAACCAAAGAAAGGCGAGGGAAAAAGAGCAGCCAAGAAGAAAUGAACUUCAACUUUUCCACUCCUCUGAUGUUACACAGAACAUUUCUUUUUAUUGAGGAAGGCAGCAUUGGUCUGUGUAUAAACACUGUGGGGAGGACAAAUCCUGGAAAUAUUUAAUUGGCUUAAUCAGGAUUGUCCAUUUGCUUCAUCUGAAGUUUGUUUUUCUGCUGGAAAGGAUACCUUAGAUAAGCAUCAAACAUAAAUGCUCAUGUCUGUGUAUGUUUUAUUAAACUGAAUUCCAUCCAUUAAUUGCCAUAUUGGCUCUAUGUCAUGAAGACCCAGUAAAAUGCUAAUAUGGACUUUUCAGUUACCACAAAAAAAGCAGAUCAUUAUCCUCAUUUGUGAUGAAAGAAAAAAAAAAACAACAACAAAAGAAACCUAUGGUCAUGUACUGAAAAGAAUUGUGGAGUAAUGUUGCUAUGUUCCAACAAUGCUUUUGUUCGUUCGUGUCAGUUCAGCUGGUGUUAGCUUGACUGAAUGGUAUGGAAAGCUAUGUAAAGAAAUGAACACCCUGUUAAUAAAAUCUAAAUGAUGAA